AUGAGAGGUUUUAUCAACCAUCGAAAGAUUGGACAGUAUAAUAAAAAUAUUUUACGGGUCGAAACAAAAUACGUAGAGCCGACGAUCAAUCGUUGGUGGGUCUAUUUGUCUCAGUCCUCACUAUACGUUGGCUUCCCUAAGAAGGGUCAAAAGAGCAGGCCGGCCGCCUUGGUGGUAGUCAGGGCACAAGCCACAAAGCGGAGGGCAUGGAACUACCUCAGGAACAGGGGUGGCUAUCGUCAGCAUCUGCGUUAUCGGGCGGCGAAGGAAAGAGCACUUAGGAUUCAGAGACACUGCAAAAGGGAGUAUGAGAGCAGGAUUACUCGCAAUGCCAAACUGCGACCAAACGCCUAUUACAACUAUGUGCAAUCAAAGGCCUACUCUCGGUUUGCGGUUGGUAAUGUAGUAUAUCCAGAUGGUGUCGGUGCAGCCUCAAGCAAGGAGAAGGCUGAAGUUCUACGGAGCUUCUUCGAGAAAGUCCACAUAACGGACUUGGGAAAGCCGUUGCCUGACCUACUGGGUAGGCUCACCGAACAGCGCAUGGCUCCGUUUGUCUUAUGGGCAAAGGAGGUAGAAGAAGCACUGAAACAACUAGGUCAGAAUAAGGCCGCAGGCCCGGAUGGGCUACAUCCAGCAAUACUGCGGCCCAUUGCUGACAUUAUUGAAGGUGCGCCCACUCCGCUUUGCAAACGAUCCCUUGCCUCAGCAACGCUGCCGCCCCACUGA